AUGAAUUGGGCUGUCUUUCAAGGCCUCCUGAGUGGAGCAAGCCAUUUCUCAACAGGCUUUGGACGCAUUUGGCUAUCUGUAGUCUUUGUCUUCCGCUUGUUGGUUUAUGUGGUAGCAGCUGAAAGGGUUUGGGGUGAUGAACAAGGCGAAUUUGACUGUAACACAAAACAGCCCGGAUGCACCAAUGUCUGCUAUGAUUAUUACUUUCCAGUAUCACACAUCAGACUCUGGGCUCUUCAGCUUAUACUGGUCACUUGUCCAUCUCUUCUUGUUAUUAUGCAUGUGGCCUACCGAGAAGAUCGUGAAAGAAAACACAGGGAAAAGCAAGGUGAGAACUGUGGACGGCUGUAUGUAGACACUGGAAAGAAGCGAGGAGGUUUAUGGUGGACCUAUCUUAUCAGUCUUAUAGCCAAAGCAUUGGUGGAUGUAGUGUUUCUCUACAUCUUCCAUCGUAUUUAUCAGAACUAUUCAUUGCCAAGACUUGUCAAGUGUACGUUGAAUCCAUGUCCUAACAUUGUUGACUGCUUUAUAUCAAGACCUACUGAAAAAAAUAUUUUCACAUUAUUUAUGGUGGCCACAACAGCACUCUGUAUUGUGCUUAAUCUGUGUGAGAUAGGAUACCUAGUGAUUAAGAGGUGUCGUGAAUGUGUGAUUCAAAAACAUCUUAAGAGUCAGUCUACUAACGUCAUUGCAUAUCUUCAGAAGCAAGAGAUGUUUCAUGCUAACAACAAACUCAAUGAGGAACUUGACCAGCUGAAUCCCUGUGAUCAUGUGAUGCCACCAGAAACUAAAUUGAAAUAA